AUGGAAGCAACCCAAGACACCGCCCAGCCGCGGUGGCAGCAACCCUUCAAGCGCAUCGCCAGUCUAAUCCUCCAUCAAUGGCUCCUAAUUGGGAUCGGGAUCGUGUGCGCCCUAGCAUACUACUUCCCGAAUGUUGCCAAGCACGGCGGCACCAUCCGCUCCGAGUACAGCAUCAUGUACGGCGUGAUCGCGAUCAUCUUCCUAAUCUCGGGCCUGAGCAUCCCGCGCCAGAAGCUUAUCUCGCACGUGCUGAAUUGGCGCCUUCACUUAAUCGUACAGGGGAUUUCAUUUCUGUUUAUUCCCGCGCUGGUGCUGGCCAUCAUAUAUAUUGUCCUCGCUGCGGAUCCAGGUGGUAAGAUUGAUCGCGCCGUGCUGGCCGGGUAUAUCUUUACUGCUUGUAUUCCGACGACGAUUGCGUCCAAUGUUGUUAUGACGAGGUCUGCGGGCGGGGAUGAUGCGGCUGCUCUGGUGGAGGUUCUGUUGGCGAAUGUUCUCGGACCGUUUGUUGCGGCUGCUUGGACUAUUGAGUUGAUGCCCAAGAUGGUGGAGUUUGAUCCCUGGCGGUAUGGGGGUGGGAAUUUGGGGAGUAUGUAUAAAGAGGUUUUUCAACAAUUGGGACUCAGUGUGUUACUGCCGCUCUUCGUUGGGCAGCUGGUGAGAUGGACUUGGCCUGAUCGCACUGCGUCGGUCAUGCAGAAGACCAAGCUGCCUAAGCUGGCUACUUUCUGCUUGUUAUUGUUGAUUUGGACCACGUUUUCCUCCUGCUUCGCAACAGGAGCCUUCCAAACCCUUUCCGCGCAGAGCGUAGUCUUCGUGGUCCUAUUCAACAUCAUACUAUACAUCACCUUAACGGCAGUAUGCUUCUUCUGCUCCAGACCACCGCGAAUUUUCAGCUCCCGACGCUGGUCCGAGCCCAUAUUCAAACGCAUGUCUCCAGAGGAAACUACUGCUGUGUGCUUUUGCGGACCAGCAAAGAGCACCGCUCUCGGUAUCCCGCUGCUCUACGCAAUGUGGCAGCCAGUUGAUCUCUUCAUAAAGGCGAAGACAUCGGUGCCGGUGCUGCUCUAUACCACGGAGCAGAUCUGCGUGGCGCAUUUCUUCGUUCAGCUGUUUCGAUGGUGGCAUGCUAGAAUCGUUGAGAAAGAGGAUUUGAAUGACAGCACCAGCACGCGUGAUGAUGUUGAGAUUGGUAUGGCUGAGGACUCAUGUGGAGACCACGCUGGACGUGAUCAUGAUAAUAAGACUGUUUGA